AUCUCUGGUAUCUGAUCUCUUUUCUUCACCUCAGUAGUUCUCGGUGCUAUACUUGGAAGGAAAGCAGAAAUGGUCGGCCGGCUGCCACUCAGACUUGGUGUGGCAAUAAGUAAGUUCUCGUAUAUUUUUCCCCGUGAUUUCUUUUGCCGUCGAGCUGAUGACGUUUGCACGACCAGUAUUCUUUUUCUCCUUUCUACUCUUUAUUUCCGGAUGGAUUCUCCAGCAGAGAUCCCUCGGUGCUCUUCAGGCAGCCAUGAGUCAGCCGGUACCUACUCCAUAUGUGGUGGCAUCGUCGAAGCACAGGCCAAAACCACCGUUUCAAUUAAUUGACCAGACUAAUAAUAUCCCGGUGCUGAGGUCGAAAAAGAACCUGAAGGCUGCACAUUUCCAGUUCGUGCAGAAGAAGGAAGAUGUGUGUCAUAGUUUGAUGGUGUUGGCGGAGUUGGCAAGGCUGGGGACUGAGGCGGACAGGAUACUGCUGUAUCCGGAGAGCUGGAUCGGGAGUGAGGAAGGGACAUGGAGUCGGCUACUGAAGGCUGCGGAGAAGAGGUUCGAAGUUAGAGUCAGAGCUGUAGGUGGUUUGGGUGGCGAGGCUCGUGAGUUUCCUCCCUCCUUCAUAUCUCCGAAAAAAGAGAAGGUAAAAAGGGGUUCCGUAAUGACGAAAAACAGCAGGCGGUGGAGGCCCCUCCCUCCUCCACGCCUUCGCAGAAACCAAGUAUGACCGGAUCCUCUACCUUGAGCCUCUAGGCCUUCCUCUCCGGAACCUCGACCACCUCCUCUACGGCACCCUCACCGCCCCCAUUAUUGGCACAAGGUCUUACUGGCUUCCCCAAGCGGUCAAGAAACUCGGCCCACUCUCUGGACAAGUGCUUCUCCUAACCCCCUCCACCCGCCUAUUCAAUCAAGUCAAAAAGGUCCAGCUAGAAAACCCGGAAGACGACCCUGUGUCCGUUAUAAACGACCUCUUCUCCUCCCGCAGCUUAAUACUCCCUCAGCACCCCUACGCAACAAACGUCUUCGAAUUCAGGGCAGUUGAUCACAGCAAAUACACCUUGAAUGACUGGGACCCUGUAAAGGUUAGUGAGGAGAGUUAUUACGUCAGCUUCAUGGACGAGAGUGCACCAAUGCCCUGGUUCACCUGGCCCCAGGCAGUGACGGAUAAAGUCAGGCCAAAGGUGCCUGACAAUGCGAUGGUCUGGAAGGCGUUGUAUGACCGCUGGGCACGUGUUAGAAUGAAUGUUUGUGGGCUGGAUCUUGAAUACCUGAGGCAGAAUUAGGACGUGCAUAAAAGCGGAAAAGUUUGUCAAGUUUGGGUUGUGUCUUUGCUUUUUUUUGCUUUUUUUGUGUAUCGCAAUUGUUUGAGCGUGCAUCGUACUGGUGGGGAAUUAUUACUGGACGGCGUUGUUUGCGAGGUUGAUGAGGGUUCCUUUCGGGUUCUUUUUUUUCAAAUUGUUUUAUGUUUCGAGAGCUCUACUCGUGGUGUGGGAAGGCAGGCUUAUGGUUGGUACUGUUGGGGGUGUUUUUUUUCGAGGCUUAUGGGGAAAGAGCAACUUAAUAUACAUUACGCUUGGCAUCCUCUGUCCGCCUCAUAAAAGUUGUCCGCGCACUUUGGUCGUGAUGUGUGCCGUGGCCGAUUACGGGCCCGGCAGCAUCUUGAUACAUGGUACUCGUACUUCAUCAUAUACGAUACGCAUACCAUAAUAGAGGCUAGAAUAUUUUACACCAGAUGUUAUUUUAUUUUAUUUUAUUCUUGUUCUGUUGGGGGUAUAGCUGUCAUACUUGGUAUCAUAUCCAUAAAUUUAUCGGUCGUACUUGGUAAUUCAUAAAACAUCCGGAUGCCUUGAGGCCAAGACAAGCCUGGACAUCACGUCCCCAAGAGAUCUGGAUACUUUACGAAUUGUCAGGUAUCGUAGUAGCAAAAAGAGGUGUCAGCCUGGCCAAAUUAGCACACGUUUUUCCUUCAAAUUUCUCAUGCCUUUUCGCCCCGCAAGAUAUCAUACUGAUAAGCGAAACAAUGGUUUGAAUUGAGUUAGGGAUUAAGGUGCUGGUAGGCGGUUCGAGAGUAUUUUUGUGGAAGAGUGAUAAAAUCCGAGCCUGUGCACUGUGUGAUUUGAUCGUAUACUAUCGAUAGUACGUAUUAUCAUCGAAUGAUGGCAGCCUUCUUGCGCUCUUCUUGUUCCAGCCCGUCAGAAACUAGAUACCAGCAUCCCAGGACCCAACGCUCUGAUGCUUCAGCUUUCCUCUCCCCCCCGGCUGUGGGCCUUUCCUGCUUGUCUCUGCGGGUAUGACUGGAGAAAGAGGUUGGCUGGUUGGUAGUAAAGUUGGGCAUAGGCGGGUAAUUACUGUGUGGGCUAUAAGACACUUGGGGGGGGGGGUUUGGUCACGAGUGAUGAGAGGUUAUCAUUCGGUCUUUUGCUGCUGUUAGACUAUAUUUACCAGUUGAUAGCAGCCAAAUGUCGGUAAAAAGGCGUAGGUAUGGAGGGAUUUACGGAUGCGAUAAAGAACUGGGAAGCUUAUGGGGGAAGAUGAUGAAAUCCUGGAGUAGGACGACGAUAGCGGAGCUGUUGGCGAUGCUGUUGGACCAAUGGGGGUUGAAGAGUGAUACCGGUAGUCCAAGGCUGAUCGCGGAUGUCGAGUGAAGCUAUGCAAGGGGAUGCUAUUUCUAAGCCUUAAGUGUAUUAUUCAAGAUCAUAUGUCGUACGGUGGCAGUAUAUACCUAUUAGCACUGACGGAGUGGAACUCGCACCAGCAUGGACCACUCCACCUGGAAUUUGUACUAUAUAAAUAAAACGCAAAGGCAGCAGUCUGUCCGGGAUAAAUCCCGGGUAGCGUACCGGUAGUAUGAGCAUCACAAAAAAUUCAUUUUUUUAGGUUCGUAGGUGGGGCUGCCAUUAGUGGUAUUCCGUACCCCGUUGGCCGCUGGGCGGGAAGAGGUUAGGUAUGUUUUGAGUAUAUCGUACCCUGAUUUUUGGUAUAUUUCCUUACUAAGGCUACGGGGGAAGGCGGCGAGCACAUGAGAGGAGGAGAGAAGGUGCGCUCAUGUUUUCCCUAAAACAUUGAAGGCACCUUUAACAAAGUGCCGGUAGUUUGCUUAGCGGUUGGUUUGAUAGUGGGCGAGGCCAGAUUCCAGGAAAUGAGUGGAAUUUCGUUUCUUUUUUUUUGUCGGCCGGCAAAGCUUCCUUCCCUUCCCCCGUGAUAGAUUCAGGAAUACUUGUUCUCGGGGCUGGCCCAUUCUCAAUUUCCUAUCUGCCUGCCACCGAAGCUGUAAAGGCGACAGGCGGAUACAUAGAAAGUUGAGCCUACACUAGCCAGUGAGGACGCCUGUGAGACUGAAUCAGGUGUUUUUUUAAUGUUACCAUGGAGGGCUGAGUGUGCUAAAGCAUGGCAGUCCCCAAGCCUUCGGAAGUUUUCUUGAGUGUGGAGACUUUAUCCGGGUGAACCCGAGAUACAGUCUAUUCCAGCGUACAAACACCCGCACGGAGGAUGGGCUCCACAAACAAAUCUCGAUCGAUCAGGCUGCAAAGACUUGCCAAUCCUCACGACGUUGUAGCAAACGGUCCCGCCAGAGAGGGAAAUAGCGGGCAGUAUCGAAAGCACGCUAUCCGGACUGUAAUAUUCGCUCGGUAUGUAUUUCUCGGCAUAGACGAUUUCUGAGGCCAGGGUAAAUAACUUUAACCUAGGGUAACUUCUAGCGUUCAAACAUAACCUGAGAUGAAGAAUGGUGUACUCGAGUACCGGUAUUCGAGUAUCGGGGAGGUGCCGGGCGGGUAUUCGCGGUCGAAACUUCCUGGAGUCCAGAGGCUAAUAAGACCGCGUAUCGACGGGAAAGAGUAAAACAUGACGUUCACGUCUGCCGGAGCCUGAGGUGAAAGGACGGAUGGCAUAGCGGUACGAUAUAAGUUAAGCAUCAAGUGUUUGUUUCCCCUCUUUGCUGUGGUUUCUAUUCCCGGAUGCCGUAUUUCGGGACACAAUGCCUGUAGUGUGGUAUUUGUGGAUAAUGUCAUUGGGAUGGGUGCUUGUGCUGAGAAUGCACUGUACGAGUACGAGUAGUGCCGCCGUCACUCGUCCGCGAUGCGGUGCUCGUACAGUCGCCAGGCUGGGAUCGGCAGGUGCCGUGAUCAUAUUAGGGGAACUCAGGCUUAGAAACAAAGCCCGGACGGAACUGCCGUACCGUUUUAGCAGUCCAGUGUAAGUGCGGUGCGGUCUGUGCAGUACUCCGGUUUGCGAUGGAGUCCGCGUGAUGGAAUUGGGAGAGGGGGUACGGGUGGUGUGUGGGCUGGCUGAUUGACUAAAACACAUACAGAUUAGCAGUGUGGGGAUAAACCACUUCAAACUGCUCUACCGGUACUCGGGUACUCGAGUAAGGGUGACAGCAAAUAGCCCAAUGCUUGCGUCCGGGUGGUCGGAGAUUCACAGCCACAGUUCUCAGGAACUUAGCCCAGCUACCGUGCUGAGUAGCAUGCGAGCCAGCAUCAUAGUGCGUUAGGCUGGCUGCUGGUGCAUAGCAUCGAAACCCGCCUCAGAAACGAUUCCAGCAGUGUUCUUAUUAUAUGCGUGACUCGUAGCGGGCUCUGGAGGGAGGGGCAGAGCAUUCCAGAAAGAUCACAAAUGCGUUAUGCCGGAAUAGUAUUGAUACGACUGCUUGGCGGUGGAGGGGUUGAGAGGUUUGUCUGGAUCGGCGUUAGGUGGGAAAAAGGGGCAAUCGUCAUUUCCACUGGGGAAUGGGCGUCGGUUGGUAAGAAACAGACUUCGGGGCUGGUAUGGCGGAAAAGAACGCUGAAAGAGGGACUCGAUAGGGUUGCUGAUUACCUCUGAGAAUUUCGGAAUCCCAUCUGAUGGGGUAGGGUACUUCCUGCC